AUGGAAAAGCGUCACAAUCAACCACUACGGCCCCAAGAAAACGACCUCAAGCGAUCAAAGCCCCGCAAGACAACAUACUUUUUCCAGCCUCAGAACACUUUAUCUUAUAAGUCCAAUAAGAGUAAGAAUAAUCAUGAAAGUGAUCCUUCCACAACCAAAACACCACAAAGCCCUCUAACGUUUCCCAAUGCAUGUUUGGGGUCGCUGGCUGUUCUGACGGUUAAAGUUUUGCCAGAGCAAAGCUCGGACGAUAGCUUUGAAGGUGUCCGAUGGCAAGGUGGUGCCAGCCCGAGACGCAAGGUAGACACCAGAAGCAUUCUCUCGUCCCCUUUGAAGAAUGGGGAUCGCUCCAACUCUCGACCUGCUGCAUCAGCAUCUCUAACAUCUUUCAACAAUGAAGUUACAGACUCUGUUCUUUCCAAAUACGGUCUUGGGAUGGAAUCCAUCCUCUCGCAAACGCCCAAAUCUAAACCGUUGACAUCAAAGUCUCACAUUGAAAGGAGCCCCUCCUUGACCAGAUCUAAGCUGUUUGAUGUAAAAUGCAUAGCGAAAAGGACCCCGCUGCUAAAUGAGUCUAUCCCUGCCUCCUUCUCAAGGCUUAAUACUUGGAUUGAUCGGUUCGCUACGAGUCCUCAGGGUCAUGACUUGCCGCUUCCUCAGCAUCCACACCAAUCUAAGCAUUUACUACGUCUGUCAUCACAUGAUUUACAAGUGCCUUCUAAUGCCAAUCAAGAACCCAAUAAUAUAGAUGAUGAUGAAGACCUCUUUUCCGAUGAUGAUUCCUUAUUAGCCACCUUAGAUGUUGAGCAGUUUACUAAGAACUCUAAAUCUCGGCAAUCUAGUAAUGAUGUCCUUAGUGAAGCUCCAAACAAUCAAAUACAAACAGCGGAUGAUACCGAUCCCUUCUCGGAUGAUUUGAAUAUUAUUGACUUGGAGAGUAAAGUUGGUUGUACCAACGUCCCAUCAAAAGCAAACUCUACUGAGGACGAGCUCCUUGAGCGAUUACUACAAUCUGGUCAUGUUGCAAACGACGAGGAUGUAGGUGCCAAAAUAUCAUUCUCAAGAUCAGACUUCGUACGUUAUCAGAUAAUGUCAGUCCUCAAGAGCCAGUUCGUAAUCCAGAAUUUGAAGAGGAAGCAGCUCAUCCUCACGGUCAGGAAUAAGGAAAGCGUCGAAAGCAGACUCAUAGUAAGGGGCGAUGCCGCAGAGUUGAGUCUUGAAAAGGGUGACAUUAUACAUGUCAUUUUGACAGCUCCAGAGACCCCGAAAUUAGUGGACAACACUCAUAAUCUUCUCAUAUGGAAUCCAGAUGUCUUAGUGUCCUCUACGGUAGUCGCUGACCAGCUAUUCUGCCCAAGAAAGACUGUCAUAAUGAGACGCUAUAAUUUUCCGGGUGAGCCAUCAAUUCCCUUGAUUGUCGGAACAACAGUACAUGAAAUAUUUCAGACAUGUUUUGUUAGCGAGAAAUUUGAUAAUGACUAUUUGGAAAUGCUUCUUGAGAAUACUAUUAGCACUCGAAAAGCUGAAAUAUUUUCAUUGGGGGACAUAGCGGAGGAAGUUGAAAACAAAGUUCGAGAACACCUACCAUUCAUCAAGCAUUGGUUCGAGACAUUCUACAGGAAGGUUCCGUCGACGAUACCCACUAAUCAAAGAAACCAGAAGAUAAAUUUCUCUGUUGCUGACGGUCUCGACCUUGAAGAGAGUAUCUGGUCACCAAUGUUUGGCAUAAAAGGUAAUGUGGAUGUAACCCUUCGAGCAAUUUUUAGAACUGAGCACACGAGUUCCGAGGUACUUCUUCCGAUGGAAAUCAAAACGAGCCGGCCCUUUCUUAGCCAUCAGGCUCAGGCAGCCCUUUACUCCCUUCUAUUCAAGGACCGAUAUAACGUCGAUAUUUCAUCUUUUCUAUUAGUUUACACCCUGGAAGAGGGCCUGACCAGAAAGUAUGACAUAUCUGUGGCCGACUUGAAAUCACUUGUUCAUUUACGAAAUCAAAUCUCUCUCUUUUUAAAGAGCGGUCAGAAUGAUCUACCGGACUUGAUGCGCCAACAGAAAUGCGACAGAUGCUCGAUACAAGAGGCUUGCAUGACAAUGAAUUACAUGGUUGAAGGAGGUACAGCUGACGAAAGUGGCCUAAAUGAUGGGGUCUACGAAGAUAUCACUAUGCAUCUUGAAAACAAGCCGCAUUAUGCAACAUACUUCAAGUAUUGGGACGAACUUUUGACCAGAGAGGAACACUUCAUGACUAAAUUUAAUCGUGAUCUUUGGGUUUACACAUCCAAAGAACGAGAGGCCGAACAAGGAAAUGCAAUAGCAAGCCUAGUCAUCAGUACUUGUAAAGAAGCAGAUGACGGUCUCUUCUACUACACCUUUGUAAGGAAACCAGGUGCAACAUAUACAUCCAUGCAAAUCACUCAAAUAGCUAGAUUUGAUCGAGUUGUUAUCAGCGAUGAUGACGGCCAUUUUGCACUUUGCCAAGGUUCUGUGUAUGAUAUUCGACCUGACGCCAUUACAGUUGGGACGAGACGCCGCAUCAUUCCUACCACACUGAAGACAGACAAGUUUCAUAGAGCAAAGGUUUUGAAAAAGAGUCAAUCUACUUCGCAAAGUCAGGGUUCCCAAGUCAUCUUCCGAAUUGACAAGGAUGAAAUGUUUUACGGCAUGGGAGUGGCUAGAUUCAACUUGCUCAACUUGUUUUCGAAAUCCGGUGAUAGUAAGAGAAGAAGCCUCAUAGUUGAUUCGAAUCCACCUCAAUUUCUGGAAUGUGCCGAGCGUCCGGAUUUCAAUGGUAUCUCAAUCAAUCCAGAUCAAGAGAAUGCAAUUAUGAAAGUUUUGCAAAGUAAAGAUUACUCCUUGAUACUAGGUAUGCCGGGAACUGGAAAGACCACCGUUAUCGCUUAUCUAAUUAAAAUCCUUGUUGGUCAAAACAAGACUGUCUUACUCUCAUCUUAUACAAAUUCGGCAGUUGACAAUAUUCUAUUAAAGUUGAAAGACCUUGACAUUAAAUUUGCUAGAUUCGGAAACCCAUCCAGAAUGCAUCAUGAGAUCAGAAAGUUUGUUCCUGGAUCAGCGGAGUGUCCUCUUGAAACAUAUCAAGACUUUGAGCGUCUUUAUAAAGCUCCUGCAGUUUUCGCAGCCACGGCUUUGGGAAUACGAGAUCUUGCCUUCAACAUACGUGAUCAGUUUGAUUACUGCAUUAUUGACGAGUCCUCGCAAGUUUCGAUGCCUCUUUCUCUUGGGCCAUUGGCUCUCUGUGACAAGUUUGUUUUGGUGGGUGAUCACUAUCAAUUACCACCGCUCGUGAAACAUCCCGACCCAGAGGUAAAACGAGGACUCUCAAGAUCACUCUUCCAAAUAUUAGCUGAAAAGCAUCCAGAAAGCGUGUGUGAGCUCACAUAUCAGUAUAGGAUGUGCGAGGAGAUUAUGUUUCUCUCGAAUUCUUUGGUAUAUGGUGGUCGACUCAAAUGCGGCUCCGAGACUGUGGCUAAUCAGACUUUGAAAAUUCCUCGAAUUGAUGAGUUACUGAAAGUUGUCAGAAAUACAAAGUGCGAAGAGCAUUGGUUACAUAGGAUCUUUGAGGAGAAGACGAGGUGUCUCUUUCUCAAUCACGAUGCUUCAGGUGAAUUUGAAAUGGUCACGGGCGAAAGCGUGACCAACCUCCUCGAAGUUGAGUUGAUAAAAGAUACUGUCGAGGGAUUGUGUGCAUGCGGAGUCGAUGAAAACGAUAUUGGUAUCAUGACAUUGUACAGAUCUCAAUUGAGAUUACUCAAUCAUGCCUUUAAGCAUCGACCGGCGCUCGAGAUCUUGACAGCUGAUAGAUUCCAAGGACGUGACAAGCAAUGCAUAAUUAUAUCACUUGUCCGCUCUAAUAAGGAUCGCAAAGCGGGAGAGUUGGUGAAAGACUUGAGGAGAAUUAAUGUUGCGCUUACCAGAGCUCGUUCAAAGCUCCUCAUCUUUGGGUCCCUUUCAACACUCUCAAACACAUCUGCUAUCAAAGAUUUCAUCAAGUUGUUUAGAGCAAGAAACUGGAUCUACAACCUUCCCGUGAAUGCUAGGAGCGUGUACGACUUUGGAGAGAAGGAGUUCACCGGAUCUGAUGAGAAUGUGUCCCAAGUUAAAAAGCUUAGCGAGAAGCUAAUCAUGAAGCACCCAAUUUCGAGGGACAUUUUGCAUGACAUGGACGUGAAUAUAUUUGGAUAG